CGGGCCGGUGACGUCAGCGGCGCAGCGUUGUUGCAGAGUCACUGCGACGGUUCGACUGUAAACAAGCGGCGGAGCAGAAAAGAGCAGAAAUAGGCCUCAAACUACCCGUUUUUCCUACCUCUCUAUCCCGGUUAAUCAGUCAGAGAGUCCGUGAUAUCAGCGGAACCGUCCAUGCGCCAUCAUUCCCCGCGAGACACACGUUUUUUUUAUUUAUUUUUGUUUACGGACAGUUGCGGGGAGUUAGCGCAUCGAGCUGCUAGCCUGCCGUUAGCCUGCCGUUAGCCUGGAGCUAGCCUCGCUAGCUGGCCCUUUAUGCCUUUGAAAUCUCUCUCAUCGCCUCGGCCAGGAGAUCUUGAACCCUGGGUGGCUGGUCCGAGCGUCCUCCUCCCACCAUGGAGGCAGGAGGGAAGGACUGCGAGGAGGAGACGCUGCAGACGGCUUUCAAGAAGCUGAGGGUCGAUGCCGAGAGUUUACCCGGAGCUGUGAGUGUUUCUGAGGCGCUGGCUCCCAGAGUCGCAUCGCGAGCUUGUCUGGAGAUUAGCGGCGUGAAGCCUAAACUCAGCUGCAACAAGGACAACUGGCACGGCUGCAUGAGGAAAUCUUCCCGUGGGGCGUCCAGGACCCAGCGGCGCCGCAGGUCAAAGUCUCCCAUCCUCCACCCGCCCAAGUUCACCUACUGCAGCGCUGCUGCUGCACUGUCGCCCCCUAGUGGCUGCCUGAAGCACCAGCGCCUGGCGGUGCCGGAGCCGGCGGAGCCUCGGCCCCCGGUGGACGGACUGACCCCGGCCCCGGGGCCCCCGGCCCAGAAAGAGGCCCCUCCCUCGGCCACGUCCGGCCACGCCUCCCCUCUGGUGUUCGGAUCUUGUGCUGGUUACGACACAGGAGAAAUCCCGGCGGUGCCCCCUCCCGCCGCCGCCCCGGCCUCUGGGCAGGACGGCGUGAGCCCCGGCGACUCCCGGCCGAGCGAGGAAGGCGCCGCCCUGAAGAAAAGUGCCUGCGACGGAGCCGAGUCCGGAGCCGGGGCGCCUCCGAGAUCCGGACCCGCCGAAGCCGCCGACUUCCGGUCUCUGUCCGAGCGCCACAGCAGCUGCUCCUGCUCCCAGAGGAGCAGCUCCGAGCCCCGGGAGGAGAGCGGGGGGGCGCAGGGGGCGGGGCAGGGGGCGGAGCCUCCGUGUCGCUGCCGCGGCGGCCACCGGGGCUGGAGCGGCGUGGAGGUUUACUCCUUCACAGGCCUCCGCAGCGUCAUCUCUGAGUGCGAGAGGAACCUCCCGGCCCUCGAGGACUCGUCCAGAACACUGAGCGCUAACGCUAACGCCGCCGCGGCUCCUCCUCCUCCUCCUCCUUCGUCUUCGUCCUCCUCGUCUUCAUCGGGCUCCCCACGCUCGUGCUCGGAGCAAGCUCGCGCCUACGUGGACGACAUCACGAUAGAGGACCUUUCCGGCUACAUGGAGUAUUAUCUAUACAUCCCCAAGAAGAUGUCACACAUGGCUGAGAUGAUGUACACUUAGAGGAGGAAAUAAUACGGUGAGGAGGAUUCUUUCUCUGCUCCUCUGCAGGAAUGUCAUCAGGAUUCUGAAUAUACAACGUUAACGGAUUGAACCCAGGAUGAAAUGUUUCCUUUACGUUCCCUCGUUUUUUUUUCUUCUCUGAGUUUCAACCUUUCAUCUCCUUUUUUCUUUCGUGCUCUGUGGAUCGGUUUGUUUUUCUGAUUUUCAGUUUACAAAAAAAAUAAAAAAAUGAAGUUGCCAAAGCUCUGGCUGCAGAGUCGUGCAGGAAGGUGGAGGAAAACGAAGACGGGCGGUGAUUCUGUUUGUGGUGUCGUGAUCUUGAAAGUCUCAUGUCUGGUUUUCAUUUCACUCAAUAAAGAAGCAAAAUGUUUUCAUCCGA